CCACACAGCUGAAACAGACACACAGACACAGGCAGCAGCAGCACUCUGACUGAUCAGCACAAGAGCUGGAGACAUGAGCGGACGUUACACACGCCUUGCAGGAGAGGAAGAUUCAACAGAGAUCAGGAUCAUGCUGCUGGGGAAGACUGGAGUGGGGAAGAGUGCAGCAGGAAACACCAUCCUGGGGAGAGAGGAGUUCACAUCUGAGCUCUCUCCCUCCACAGUAACACAGCAGUGUGAGAAAAGGACAGGAGAGGUGUCAGGGAGGAGUGUUGCUGUGAUCGACACUCCAGGCCUGUUUGACACAGACCUUUCCAAUGAUGAAGUCAUACGUGAGAUCCUGACCUGUGUCUCUCUGUCCUCCCCGGGACCCCAUGUGUUCCUGGUGGUCCUCCAGCUGGGCAGAUUCACACAGGAGGUGAAGGACACAGUGGAGCUGAUCCAGAAGACCUUUGGAGAGACAGCAGCACAUUACACCAUGGUGCUCUUCACACAUGGGGAUCUACUGGGGAGUCAGAGUAUUGAGGGUUUUCUCAGUAAGAGUGAUGAUCUUAAGCAGUUUCUCAGUCACUGUGGGGAUCGUUUUCAUGUGUUUAACAAUGAGAAUCCAGGGGACCGCAGUCAGGUGACAGAGCUGCUGGAGAAGAUAGACAGGAUGGUGGUGAGGAAUGGAGGAGGCUGUUUCACCAAUGACCUGUAUCUGAAGGCUGAGAGAGCGAUCAGGGAGGAACAGGAGAGGAUCCUGAGGGAGAGAGAGCCGGAGAUCCGCAGACAGGAGAGGGAGCUGGAGAGGAGAUACAGGGGAGAGGAGCUGGAGAAGAAGAAGAGAGAGAUCUGGAGAGAAGAGAGGAAAAGGGCCCGAAAACAAGCAGAGAGAAACAACUCAUUUCUGGGGAAACUGGUGGGAAUACUGGGGGGGCCAGUAGGAAUGGCAGUAGGAGCAGCAGCAGGACUGGCU